AUGAAGCCGGUGCGCAUUUUGUACCAGAAGACGAUCAUGCCCGUCAAAUUUCUGGAAGUGGCAAAAGAAGGCAACGACUCCAUUCACAAGGUCAUCAAGAAGAUAGGUCUCACCGACUGCCAAGGCCGCGACAGCUGGCGUGAGAUUUUCAAGGAAAUCAGCUUCAUGGGCAACGUCUCGUACCCGCACAUCACGAAGAUGGACUGGGCGGUGAGGUGCAAGGGCUUUGUAGCUAUCUGCCUGCCUCUGUGCUCACGAGAAUCUUUGCACGAUGCACGUCACAGUCUAAACAAGGAGCAGAUAGAGCGCUGCUUCGUGCAGACCGCCUGUGCACUGAGAUAUCUUCACAAUAGGUGCGCUGUUCAUGGGGACGUGAAGCCCGGCAACAUCUUCGUGGACAAUCCAACAACGCUAUUCUCACCGACCUGGGGAUGUCCCGCUUCUUGGCCCACGGACAAGACCCAGUGA